AUGUCGCCAGCGCCUCCCCCCCAUCCAUCUUUUCCACCACUCGCCACCUUCUCUCCUCUGCGCCAGCACCCAGCCCUCGCACACUCUCGCUCUCUUCCAUCUUGUGCGCCUUGCCCAGACACUGCUGCUGCCUUGCACGCGCCGUCGACCCUCGCAGCCAUGUACCAUCUGGACGGCAACCCGGCCCCAUCCGACCACACGCUUUUCCAGGACCUGCUCAAGAUGACGACUUCCAAAUGGCAGUCGUUGCUCAAGAAAGACGCCGUCCCAGUCCCAGGCGACGCAAGCACGAGGCCAUCCGUGUCAAGAAGCUCCACCCAGCUGUCGGUAUCCAAGGCAAAGGAGUCGUAG